AUGUCAAGAGCAUGGUCGACUUCAGAAGAAGAAGAAGUCGUCGAUGAAAAUAAAGAGGAUUAUUCAUUGUUACUAUUUUAUAUGAUUGGCACACACUUCUGCUUCUUCCUUAUCACUUAUUUCUGGUUGUAUCCGACGGCCGAACCACCAAAAAACGCCAUUAUGCACAAGUUGACUUCGGACUCGAAAAAGUCUCGACUAACCGGUGAACCCGUCCGCCCGGCAACUCGUCUCUCAAUCCGUGAAAUCAGUUUUCUGAGUCGUCGUCAAAUGUGUCAAGAGAGAAAAUAUCAGUUGACAGAAGAGGAUCAGAAGACGUUGAUGAUGGCACGAGACGGAGAAGUGAACUAUUUGAGAGAAGCAUCUCAAAUGCACACUGAUAAGACGAUGAACUAUGGGUGUCUGAUUGUCGAGAGAGGUGUACCCAUACCAACGGAUACGGAUUUGAAGCAAGAUAUUAUGGAACCGAUUGAGGACGACGACGCGGCACCUAUUGAGGAUCUUGCCAGACUGAAACGACAUAAGGAACCAGAGAAACCGAAAACUAAACGGAAAAAGACAAAGGAGAGAAUGGAAGCCCUGGACCAGCUAACACGUGGUGUGAGUGCUGAGAAGCUAUCACUAUUCAAACAAAACACGACACCGGAUCAAUCAAGGAAGCUCCAACGGACGAUAUCAUCUAUGCUCCGACCCGAACGGACACAGGAUGGAGCAGCGACGAUAGAGGAUGAUAAGACUCAGCAGAGGGUGAUUGUGAAGAAACCGAGUAGUAAACCAACGCAAAGACCGUCGACACUGGAAGUGAAUAAGAAGAAGUCGAAUACACAACGAGGGGAUAACUCAAGGAAAGUCCCCCACCUUGUUCGGGUUCCCCAAGUUGAAAACAAAACCAAUACUCUGGAGUCUUCAAUGGCACGGACAAUAGAGGAAACGACACGAACGAAAGGGACUGGAUCCAGGGAGCCGCUGGGUCCGUGA